AUGCCUCCAAACAUCCUGCUUACUGGCGCAACCGGCUACAUUGGAGGUACCUUCCUCCAGACCCUACUCUCAGCAAAUGCGGUCCCACCAUCCAGCAUCUGGGCCAUCGUGCGCUCCGAUGCGCAGGCAGAGAGCCUCAAACCUCUGGGAGUGAAUACUGCCCAGAUAGCAUUGACAGACGACGCCAAGGUAAAGCGGGCAGUUCUCAGUAACGAUAUCGACAUCGUCGUCCAUACAGUCAGCGCUGUCGAUCCUACCCUUGCAGCUUCCCUAUUGAAUGCUCUAAAAGCAAGGAAAGAGCUCACAAAGCGACCUGUCCACUUUAUCCAUACAUCCGGCGUCAGUGCCUUCGCUGAUAAGAGGGGCUGGACACAUGGAAUUGCUAAAGAGACCGAUGACCUCUACGAGCUGCAGAAAGGGGUUACGGUACCUUACCCAGUCCGCGAGACCGACGUUGCCAUCCACAAAACCGCGGACCAAUACGGUAUUGCUAUCUAUAGCAUAGUUCCGCCUCUUGUUUACGGGAAGGGAACUGGAACAGGGAACAAGAUCUCUGUUCAGGUGCCCACUCUUAUCCGGGCUGCUAUUGCGAACAAACAAGUUCACCGCUUCGCUGAAAACUCAGGAUGGCCCGCAGUGCACGUUACAGACCUCGCAGAUUACUAUACUCGCCUCAUCCAGCGCAUCAUCGAGCAACACGCGCUCCCAGCAGGAAACGACGGGUACUACCUCGUAUCCGCCCAUACAUUCAGCUGGCACGAGCUUCUUCAGGCACUUGCAAAUGACCUGCACACCCGCGGCCUGGUCCUAAACGCCGACGUGACCGUGUGGCCGAGCGAGGAAGUCAAAAUGAAGUCUCUGGGCCUUCCGGCUCCCUAUUCUGACAUCGCAUGGAACUCAAACGCCGCUGUGCUUUCUCACCACGACAAGGAGCUUGGAUGGAAUCCAGAGUGGGAUUACCAGCGGUGUCUUCGCGAGAUUGGCGAGGAAGUUGAUGCCGUACUGCAGGCUGGUACAAGUGUCAAGGAUCUGGCCGGCCUCCUCCCGACUCAGUCCUAGGUGAAUCUAGCUAUUCAAUCGCACGACAUAGUGUAGGUUAGCGGUGCGAUAACAAAUAUGGAGCAAUAACCCUUCCCAU